AUGCCUCCGGUUAUAAUACUUGAUUCCGACGACGACGAGGAGGACCUUGGCUAUUCUCCGCCUCGAGAUGUUCAGGCACCGUUCUUGCCUGCGCCAGCUCCAGCUCAAACUGAAGCCUAUGCAGAUAGUGACUCCUUUGGGCGUGUGAGCCGUGCGACGACAUCAACAGACCCGUCAUUCUUUCAAAACAUUUAUAACGAGCAGAAUGAUGCUGCCCGUGGUUAUGUUCCAGAACCGACAGCCAGGUCACAUGACCAUGAUCACUCAGUCUCAAGUUCCGACAUGACAGCACCAGCACCUUUUAAGCGCACUGUGACCGGACUCAUUGAACCCUCGUCCUUUCCUUCUCAAAAGGAUCGAGCAGUUAGAAAGGAAGAGAGGAUGCCUAGUCGGGAUGGACCUGGGGGACCAGAUGGAUGGACGCCAGCUUCGACACCAGGUAGGCGAAAAGCACCUACGGCCGUUAUGGACGACCCGUGGGACGUACCGAGUUCACCUGAGCGUCCAGUUCGCCCAAAGAUAAAAAUCAAACUCAAGCGUUCGGGGGCCCAAUCUGAUUCUAGACCAGAAUCGCGACCUGUCAAAGAGUCGGGUAAAGUGGCAAAGGCCCCGAGCUCCAGGUCUGAGCCAUCAGGGGAUUCGCCCUCAAGCAAGAAAAAGCGAAGAAAAGUCGACCAUCCAGAACCGCCAUUUCAGGGUUCGAAUGAGAUGGAUUUGGUUACGUUUCCUUUCAGUCAUGAUCAUGAGGGCGACUACCGGGAGUCUCAGCCAGCACCUACACCCAGCAUGCUCCCGCCCACGAUGCCGGUUGAUGAAGAAGCUUCUUUUUUCAUCGCACCUAAUCAUUUGACCGAUGCCCAGAAGCUGGAGUAUGAAAGCGUGCAGUUACCUUCAAGCGGAAGUCCUUACCAUCAGUUACCUCCUGUGCGACAGUUCGAAAUUCAGAAUCUUGCUUCAAGCGGAGAUGCAACCAAUGUCAACACUCCAAGACCCAACGCGACUUAUCUCAUGAGCACUGCUCCUCCCCCUUCGAGUAUCAUGAACCCGCCAAGGGCAACAAUUGGUCGAUCCAAUGGACAGCAAUGGGAUUCAUCUCCUGACGUCAUUGCCGCAAUCAAUUCGCCCCCCAGAGAAAAAGCAGCAAGCCAUAGGGAGCUACCAAGACAAGAUGACGUACCUCAGCCCGUAGAUGAUGGGGUUACGGCGGUGCAGCAGAUAGAACAAGCGGAGCUACCAAUCAUGCAAGAAACAGUGUCCGACAACUACGAGUAUGAAAUGGCAGUAAAACCAACCAAAGCAAAGGCAAAGAAAUCAAGAGGGCGACCAAAGAAGAAGGCUGCUGAAAACGACAUAUCUCUAGCAGAGUCACUCCCACCACCACCAGAGGCUGCCGAGUCCGCCGCAAAAGCCAAGAAGAAGCGCGGCAGGCCACGAAAAUCGGAGCAAGCUGACACCAAGGAGGAAAGCCCGAAGAUUGAAGAGUCAUUGUCCACAAACGACGCUUCAUUGUCUGAAGAAUCUUUACGGCCAGGGAAGAAAACAAAACCGGAAAUCAAAGAGCUAGAAUCACAAGAUGAGCUGGCUGAGGAUGAUGACAAACAGCCUCCAUCCAAGAGCAAUAUUCGUGAAAGCUCUGUACUGAAAGAGGCCGAUUGUAAUGCACUCACCAAAUCCAUAUCUAAUAUGGAUGACGAUGCGACUUCCAAAGUUCCGGGUGCGACAACCACAGUUGAGAAGGAACAAAAGCCCGAGAAGCCAACAGUCAGCAGCAGAAGCUCAACUCCAUCCAAGGGGUUGUCAUCAAUCAUCAGCAAGCCUGUCUAUCGUGUUGGCUUGAGCAAGAGGUCAAGAAUUGCGCCUUUGCUCAAAUGUUUGCGUAAGGAGUAA